CCCAUGGCCAUCGAGCAGCAGGUGGUUGUGAUCUACGCUGGAGUGCGAGGUUAUUUGGAUAAAUUGGAUCCGUCAAAGAUAACUCAAUUCGAGCAAGAUUUCCUGAAGUUCGUUUUAGCAAACCACCAGGACCUCCUCAAGACCAUCCGAGAAGAUGGAGAGUUGAAACCAGCAACCGACGAAAAACUGAAGCAAAUAGUCAUCGAUUUCCUGGCCGGUUAUCAGCCUUAG